CGAGAGUUCAACUUCUUCCUUCCUCCCUCCCUCCCUCCCUCACAUGAUGUCUCUGACUGGAGAUCGAGUAUAAUAGAAAGGACUGUGUAACCUUUCCUCUCAAACUCCGCAAAGAGCUUCACCCAAAGCGCCUUUUAAACCGGUGGAUCCUUAACUGCCGACUAUGGGAGAUGGUCUGCAAAGCGGCGAGAAGCAGCGCUGUGCUCAGUCGGGUAAGGCUGGAUGGCUUCGGAAGUUUAGUGGGAAAGGACUCCUCGGUGGAUCGUGGAAGGACCGCUAUAUCAGGCUGCAAAAGGCACAGAUCUUAGUUUACGAGCAUGAGGAGGACAAAGCAUACGAGGAAAUCAUCGACUUGAGCAACUAUGAGAAGUGCCAAGACCUGCGAGGGUUUGGUUUUAAAAAGAAGAAUCACUUAAAGUUUGGUUUGGUGCGACGUUCUGGUGUUAAGGUACCAGAACCAAAAUUUCAGUUUGUUAGCGUGGAGGAAAAGGAAUCUUGGUUUAGCGUCCUCAAUGAAGCUAUUAGCCAAGCUAGCAAUAAAGCAUUUGAUGAGGUUAAGGUGGAUGAAAGCAUUUCCCUGGAUCACUUGACGCGCAACAGAGCAAAAAUAAAUCAUACAAGACGACCACCAUCGAGGCAACACCUCAAAGAAGUAGCCAGUUCUGUUUCGGAUGGAAUGCAGAGGCUAGAACUAGGGCAUCAGUCUGGUGUUCCCAAAGAUUCAACAGAUGGAGUACAACGAUCAAAGGAAAAUGCUGAGAGCAAUACAAACAAGACCCGUCCUAUCCUUAUGCCUAAAGUCAAGAAUAAUAAUACACAAAGCAACAACGAUCCAGAACCCUCACUUAGUCAAAGCAAGGAGCAAAUCUCUGAGGAGGUUAAGGAACCAGAUCCCAAGAAGGAUAAGAAACCAAUGUCCGAGGAGGGUAAGACACAAGGUUCUGAGGAGGAUAAGACACAAGAUCCAGAGGAGAGUAAGACACAAGGUUCUGAAGAGGAUAAGGCACAAGAUCCAGAGGAGCGUAAGAAACAAGAAGUCUCUUGUACCACAAAAACCAUUUCUGACAACCCAGAGAAUGAGGGUCAAUCACUUGACCUUCAGGCCAAAGCAAUUUCAGAUACCAAUGAAAAUAAGGAGCUUUCUGAAACUUCAAGGCCAGUCGCUUCAGUGAAUGCAGCAGCAAAUGGGGGACAUCUAUCCAUGGUCAAAUGUGCUUCUUUGGGCGAUAUCUUAUCAGAAUGCAAACAAAAUGUAAAAAGAAAACAAUUUGACACUUUUUAUACCAACAUGAAGAAAAAGAAUGUGGAGCAAAUGGAAGAGGACAUAGCUUUGGAGCUAAAAGUAACUCAAGAACUUCUCCACCAAGUUUCGGAGACUUCGGGUGAAAAAGGGCAUCUUCAAAGCGACAAAGAAGGCAAUGGCACACAAGACAAUCAGCCACCAGGCAAUGCAGAAAACUUGCUGAAUGAAGCUGUGGCGAAAUGGAAGCAAGCUAAUGAAGUCUUGCAGGAACUUAAAGAUUUAAAGGAAUUGUGGAACAAAUCGGGGAAUUCACCGUCUGAGCAGACUCCACAGUAUUAAGCACCAGAUGGGAGCAGCAGUCGUCAAUUUUGAGAUAGAUCAGGAAGAGGGGAAUAUUUUGGAGAUUGACUUUGGGGGCCAGGCUGACCCACACAGUAGAUAUACCACAUGAGAUACAGUUCCCAGUGAUGUAUCUCCUGCUGACCCAUGAGGCUAUAACAACAAGGUGUGCCAUUCCUGUCCGAUGCAGGUUUGUGCCAUUCCCUACGUUUUCCAUGUCUCAAGAUCUUUCCACGUGCACUGCUACUUCUCACCCCAUUGCACUGUUUGGCACAUUCACAUGUAACAGACAUUAAUAAUGUGAUUGAAUAAAUUGAUUCAGAUUGCAAAGUUAGUGGUAAGUGUCCUUUAUCUCUCGAUUAUGUGCAGCGUUUGUGGAUUGUGUGCAUCAUUAUAUUAGUGCCUCCUUUCCAGGUCACCAUGUACUUAAUUUCUGAGUUAUGGCCAAUCUGUGUGCUUCCUCAGAUGAAGUGGAAAGCUCUCCUUCCUACCCACACCCUGCACAUACCCAACAUGGGAAUGAAAUGCUUGUUUUCUGAGGGUACAGCUAUUUCUGAGGAUCCAUCCUCUGUCAAAAAAUGGCCUGGUGCUGUGGUCACAUGUUUUCUUGCCAACUAAAACUAUCAGAGCUCUAAUCAUACAAAGGCUAUCAGAUGGCACUGUAAUACAGCUGAGAUUAGAAGCACCCAACAUGAUCCAUAGCUGACUACGCUACAUGUGCAGAUUAUCUCAUUAUGACAAAUAUUGCUAAGGAACAGCAUAAGCCUUUCAUGAGGAUUUGGAAAUCUUCCAAAAUAGUUGAUUGCAUCUAUUUACCCAAAGAAUCAAAAUGAAUGUUGAAUGUUCCUUCCAGAGAUUCUUCACGAUUUCUCAUGCUGCUUGUUACAAAAUUACUGUAUGUUGCUGAAUAGUUGUCCAUAUAUCUUGAGACUGCAGAGCUAAACUGGGUAUUGGACUACUCCAUUAUUCCUUAGACUUUCCAGCAUAACUCCAGGGGUCAAAACAGAUAAGCCAAGGCAGCAGGAUAAGGCAGAAGUUCAGGGUUGUGAAGAGUAAUUUCAGGACAGACAUUAGGAAGUAUUUCUUUACAUAGACUGUAACUAAUGGCCUUAUAAAAAUAGAGUGAUGCUGUAAAUGGGAACAUAUAACAGAGUGGACAUUCUAAUGAGAUCAAAUGGUCUAAAGGGUCUUCUUCACCCACACCUCUUGUGAUUUUGUGCUGUAACAACCUCUUUUUCUAAGCUUGAAUCCUUGGGAAUUUUCCAAUCCAUGAGAGCUCACAGCUGGAUCUUUCUUCCCAUGUUACUCUUUUGACAUCUCCUAUUUCUGAUGCUCCCAUGACAUUCUGCACCUAUGCUCUCUAGGUGUGGCUGAGCUGAUGGCUACUGCAACUACUUAGUUCUCUGUUGAAGGGUGUUUUUUCUGAAGACUCAUAUUCCAGAUGUUUAACAACCUAUGAAUUGCACAUGACUAAGCUAAGUUCCGGGAGAGGCCACAGAAGAUUUGAAAUCCUCCUUAAAAAUCGGGAAUGAUGUAGCCAUUUGUCAAUGAGAUAUUGAAUUAACCAAAGUCAGAUUGCAAAACACUCACAUUAGUCCAGCUAGGCAGAGGGUACAAUAUUGACUAUAAAAAACGUGAAAAGAGUAACAGGAAAAACAGUCCCAUGUACACAGAAAUUCAGAACAUUGUAUAGUAGUCCCAUCUUACAAAAUCUGCCGCUUAAUUCUAUUAACUGCCACAAUCCACAUCUGUUGGUCAGCCAGGUACAUUAUUCCUGGUUUUAAUGUGUGUUAAAUAGGUGCCAGAAAUGGACAACACAUGCCUGCCUCUUCUUUGGCUCUUGCAAGGGUUAUUAAAUUUAACACUGACGUGGUACAGAAUUUUUGACGAUAAUACUAUUGUGCUAUCGUUACAGUUCUAUUGACAGUAUUGAUUACCAAUAAUAACCCUUUUUUAAACACUGGGAAUAUUUUUUAAUGGUUAACUGUGGAAUGCAAUGGGGAUGGUCUGUUACUGGUCGGAUCACUUUUUUCCUUCUUGGAAAGUAGACAUCCUGUAACAGAUGCAUCGAAUACUGCAAAUUAUGAUUCAAAGUAAAUCUCUUAGUUACAGAUUCUGUACACAUUUAAAAUGUGAAUCUAGAAGACCUAAAUCAUUUUUAAAUGUAUCCUCAGUGUUAUAAUUGAUACAAGUGUUUACUGUAAUAGAAUAACUUUGUCAGUGUUAAUGUUUGUACUUCUGUGAACUCCCAACUAAAACAAUUGUUAUUGCCAGUAUUAAUAUUUAUGCAAAAAUCUAAAUUGAUUUUUUUCUUAGUGUGUGGAUAAUGGAAUGUUUUAAUAUAUCCUGCCUAUUAGCAGUUGCUUGUUGCAUUAUUUAUAAUUUAACCUUUUUUAUAUUCUCUCUGCAAUUGUAAUAAUGACAUUGUUCUGUGAAGUAGUGUGAAGCACUUCACAAUAAAAGACCAUUCUGUUC